UACCAUCAGGUAAAUAUCGAUUUCCCUUGAGGUCAGGCCUUACAACGAGAACAAUACACACAUCGGUAUAUCGGGGUGGCCGUCUCCAGUGAUCCGUUCUAGGGGUGUUGUAUAUUACUGAUAUACUUUAAACGUCAUUCACGAGUCGGAUAGAACAAGAUGGCUUCUCAACCACCUCCACAACAACAACCCCCACCCCCAGGUGGAUACCCACCCCCACCGGCAGGAUACUCGGCACCCCCACCGGCAGGAUAUUCGGCACCACCACCCAUGUACCAGCCAAACCCAGCCCAUCAGACCGUGGUUGUCACCACUCCUGGAUAUGCACAGCCUCUCAUUUUCCGUGAGGGUCCAGUCAACAUGUCCUGUCCAUUCUGUCAGGCACAGAUAGUGACUACCACCACAUACGUCACCGGAACACUCGCCUGGCUCAUUUGUGGUAUCCUUAUUCUCUUGGGAUUUUGGCUCGGCUGCUGUCUGAUUCCUUUCUGUCUAAACGGAUGCAAGGAUGUUGUACACACGUGCCCGAACUGCCGCCAACAGGUUGGCAAAUUCUCCCGGAUGUAGGGAAGCUACUUCGGCAUUUCCCGGGGAAAGAGACUUUAUUCUAAUACUAUCGGUUUUUCAUCGACAUGGAACACACAUUUUUUGUGAUUAUACAUCUGUGAUUGAACGUGUUCUCAACAGUAGACAACCACGCUAUAUAGUUUCAUCUAGAAUUUGUUAUGGGAAGACAUCAAUGAAAAUAUCCUCAGAUGCCAUGACCGUUUGGGGGAAAUGAGAUGUCGGAGGUUUACGUGGAAGACCCGUAAAACUAUAUAACCGAUUUGAAGCCAUCCGGUGACGAAAAGAAAUGUUAAUAUUGUAUCUAACCUAUCAACAUUAUUCUAUAAAUGAUCUGAGGGAGAAAGGCGUUUUCAUGGUAUACCUAAAUUAUCACCAUUCCGCAAAUGUUCCCGAGGAGAGAUGAGUUUUAAUGAUAUACCCAAAACAUCCCCAUUAUUCUGUAAAUGAUCUGAGGGAGAGUUACCGAGGACGGGGGUGAUGUGCUGUCAUAUUCUUAAUUAUGUCAAAUCCAAUCUUUUUAUUGGAGGAUUUGUUUUAUCUUGAUAAAUUCGGAGUAACAAUGAUACAUUCUAUUCCAUUGUGAUAUUUACGGCCAUGCGUGUGAUAGUUUGAUUACAUGUGCCUAUUCAGCUCGAC